GUCUACCAUAAUAAUACGCCUUGAAUCCUUAAUCAAAAUCCGUAAACUUGAUGACUAUAGUUGACUGUAAAGUGAAGGCUGCGGAGAUUUUCGUCGUUGAAGCGCUGCGAGGUUGGAUCAAGAUUGAAGAGAGCCUGCCAGGUUGAAGAAAAAUUGAAAAUGAUGUCUAUCCGAGAAGUAUUGGAAUCGGAUCAAUGGCUCUUCCGCUAUAGCGUCUUGGUUCUGCUCCUCAUUGCGCCGCCUGUGUACAUCGCCUGCCGCUUCAUCACCGCGCCUUUUGGCAAACAUGUCCGCCCUGGAUGGGGGCCCACCAUCAGCCCGCCGUUGGCUUGGUUUCUCAUGGAGAGCCCUGCUAUAUGGCUCACGCUUCUCCUAUUCCCUUUUGGCAGGAACUCUUCCAAUCCGCUCGCCCAAAUCCUUAUGUCUCCGUAUCUGCUUCACUACGCCCACCGCACCAUCGUCUACCCGCUCAGGCUCUACCUCACCUCCGAUCCGCGGAAAGCGGCCGCUGGUUUCCCUGUAAGUGUUGCUUUGAUGGCGUUCACUUUCAAUAUUCUGAAUGCUUAUUUGCAGACCAGAUGGGUCUCCCAUUAUGCGGAUUAUGAGGGUGAUGCGUUGUUCUGGUGGCGAUUCGCUUGCGGAAUGGCAGUUUUUCUGGCCGGGAUGGCCGUGAAUGUAUGGGCUGAUAAAGUAUUGCUUCGUUUGAAGAGUGAGGGUGGUGGGUAUAAGAUUCCCAGAGGUGGACUGUAUGAGUAUGUGAGUUGCCCUAACUACUUUGGGGAGAUUUUGGAGUGGUUGGGCUGGUUUUUGAUGACUUGGUCAACUGCUGGCUUUGCUUUCUUUCUCUUCACUUGUGCCAACUUGAUGCCCCGGGCUUGGUCUCAUCGCGAAUGGUACUUGGAGAAAUUUGGGGAAGAUUAUCCAAGGAAAAGAAAGGCUGUAAUUCCAUUUCUGUACUGACAUUUAUUGGUUAGUAGUAAUGUGAUGGCAAUUGGAUUGGAUGAUGCUUAAUCUAGUUUUCUUCUUGUUACUUAAUGGAAACCGUAUUUCCCAUGGAGAAGAAAAAGAGAGUUACCUGUCUAUUGGUCAUUUA